UUCCAUUUCGUAAUUUAACUUAAAUUUCAAAGAUAGACGAAGCUACAGUUUCUCAAAUACGUGAAACAAUUUUCACGUCACUAAGGAGUCUUAAAAUGCGUUCAACGCUGUUCGCAUAAUGGUUUUGAUGAGAAACGCGAGACGUCGCAACGCAGUUGGCGCCUGUUCAUUCAUCCUAUUGUACGUCAUGAAAAUUGACGUCAAGUAACUUUGCUUCUCGAACAACUAAAGACAAAACAUUGUCAACCGAAUAGUCGAAGCGAUUUGCGUUGCACGUAUACGUGAAUUAAAAGAUAUGUAACAAUGUUCUUGUUGUGGAUAUUUUUCGCAGCACUUUCUUCGUCGUUUGCUUCUGUCAGUAUAAACGUUCAUGAAGACUGUGGAGUUACAUCCAAGUGGUUGACAUGUCUUGAUCACUGUGAAGACCACGAUAUAUAUCGAUCGGGUCGCGCCCCAUGGGCAGAGAUUAGCUGCAGCUCUAAGUGUACAAAAGAAUUAGCCGAAGCGUUCGAGCAAGAAACCGAUUUGCCAUCGAAUCCUAAAUUCAAUACGGAAAAAGAAAAGUGCCUGAGGAGAUGUUGGUGUGAUAAUACAGAUACCAGAUUUGGAUUAAAAGGAACGCCUUGUCAUCUCGCUUGCAGAUACGUUAUGUGAAAUUUAAACUAAAAUUUUAAUAAAUUCUAUUUCGAAUGUAA